GUAAAAUAACUGUAAACCCUACAGGUUUCAGAUAAAUACAUUUAUCCCACCUAUUCCCGGUGUUAUUGUAGUAUUUAUAUGUAAACCUUCAAAUCAUCAUGCCAGCCUGAACCCCAAAAAACCCAGAAUCGUCGAUGCUGAAAUGGUGCCCAGAAGCUUGAUUCGUCGUUUUUCUUCUUCUCCUUUUUCAUUCUCAAAACAAGUAGAAGUAACUACGACUAUACCAGAGGAUUCGGUGCAUAAGGUAUCCCAGCUUGACAAAUUCCUUAAAAGAGAAUGGAAAGACGGUAAAUUCACUCUUAAUGAAGCACGCUAUUUCUUUGAUUACAUGAUUCAUAUGCAACCUGCCCCUCAAAUUAAAUCAUUCAACUGGUUGUUUGGGGCUCUUGCUAAGAAGAAGUUUUAUGAAGAUGUUAUUUUGCUUUGCAAGAGAGUGGAUUCAAUUGGGUUGUUGCCAGAUUUUAUUACUUUUAGUAUUUUAAUUAAUUGCUUUUGUAAUGUGGGUCGAGUUUGUGAUGCUUUUGUUGUUUUUGGGAAGAUUUUGAGAUGGGGUUUUAACCCAAAUGCUGUGAUUUUGAAUAUUUUGAUUAAGGGUUUGUGUUUGGACAAUAGGAGUAUGGAGGCUAUGGAGUUUCUGAAGAAAAUGGUUGUCUUUGGGGUUAGGCCUAAUGAGAUUACUUAUGGAACUUUGAUUAACGGGUUGUGUCGAACAGGGAACACAACUGUUGCCCUUAAAUUACUUGAAGAAAUGGCUAAUGGGAAUGGUGAAGGCGGUGUUACCUGCAAGCCUGAUAUUUUUUGUUAUAGUAGUAUUAUUGAUUGUCUUUGUAAAGAUGGGUUGAUAGUUAAGGCGAAAGAAUUAUUUUUGAAAAUGAGGGGUAAGGGAAUUAAGCCAAAUGUGGUUGUGUGCAACUCUCUAAUUUUUGGUUGGUGUCUUCUGGGAAAUUUGCAGGAGGCUGAGCGCAUGUUCAUUGAGAUGGAAAAUCAAGGUUUGCAGCAAACUGCUGUGACUUUUAAUACAAUGAUAAAUGGGUUUUCCCAGGUGGAGAAGAUGGAGGAAGCUAAUGGAUAUUUAGAAUUAAUGACUCAAAAAGGUUUGCAGCCUGAUGUGGUGACAUUUACUACAUUGAUAAAUGGACUUUGCAAGGUCGGGAAGAUGGAAGAAGCUAAAGGGUUGUUGGAAUUGAUGAGUGAAAGAGGCUUGCAGCCUAAUGUGGUGACUUUUACUACAAUGAUAAAUUGGCUUUGCAAGGAGGGGAAGAUGGAGGAAGCUAAUUGUUUGUUUGAAAUGAUGACUCAAAGAGGUUUGCAACCUGAUGUGGUGACAUAUACUGCAUUGAUAAGUGGGCUUUACAAGGUAGGGAAGAUGGAGGAAGCUAAUAGAUUGUUGGAAUUAAUGAGUGAAAGAGGUUUGCACCCAAAUGUAGUGACUUUUACUGCAAUGAUAAAUGGGCUUUGCAAGGAGGGGAAGAUAGAGGAAGCUAAUGGGUUGUUUGUAACAAUGACUCAAAGAGGUUUGCAACCUGAUGUGGUGACAUUUACUACAUUGAUAAGUGGGCUUUGCAGGGUGAGGAAGAUGGAGGAAGCUAAUGGGUUGUUAGAAUUGAUGAGUCAAAGAGGUUUGCACCUUGGUUUGGUGGCAUUUAGGACAUUGAUAAGUGGGCUUUGCAAGGCAGGGAAGAUAGAGGAAGCUAAUGGGUUGUUAGUAUUGAUGAUUAAAAGAGGUUUGCAACCAAAAACGUAUACUUACAUAAGACUGAGCCUGUUUGAACCUCCGAAAUAUCCCCAAGGCGCCGCCGACGCAGAAAUGGUGCUCAAAAGCUCGAUUCGUCGUUUUUCCUCUUCUUCUCGUUCAUCAUUCAGAAAACUAGGUAAAGUAACUACAACUACACCAGAAGAUUCAGCACGUAAGGUAUCCCAGCUUAAUAAAUUCCUUCAUAAAGAUUGUAAAGAAGGUAACGUUACUCUUGAUGAAGCGCGCUAUUUCUUUAGAUACAUGAUUCAAAUGAAACCCCCUCCUCCCACGUCAUCAUUCAGUCUGUUGUUUGGAGCCCUUGCUAAGAAUAAGUUUUAUAAAGAUGUUGUUUUGCUUUACAAGAGAGCGGAUUCAAUUGGGUUGCUGACGGAUUUAAUUACUUUGAAUAUCUUAAUUAAUUGUUUUUGUCAUGGGGGUCGAGUUUGUGAUGGUUUUGUUGCUUUUGGGAGGAUUUUGAGGUUGGGUUUUGACCCAAAUGCUGUGACUUUGACUUCUUUGAUUAAAGGUUUGUGCUUGGAGAAUAGGAGUACGGAGGCUAUGGAGUUUUUGAAGAAAAUGAUUGUCUUUGGGGUUAGACCUAAUGAGAUUACUUAUGGAACUUUGAUGUAUGGGUUGUGUCGAACAGGUAAAACAUCUGUUGCCCUUAAAUUACUUGAAGAAAUGACUAAUGGAAAUGGUGAAGGCGGUGAUACCUGCAAGCCUGAUAUUUUUUGUUAUAGUAGUGUUAUUGAUGGUCUUUGUAAAGAUGGGUUGAUAGAUAAGGCGAAAGAUUUGUUUUCGGAAAUGAGGGGCAUGGGAAUUAAGCCAGAUGUGGUUGUUUGCACCACUCUAAUUUACGGUUGGUGUUUUGUUGGAAAUUUGGAGGAGGCUGAGCUCUUGUUUAAGGAGAUGGAAAAUAUGGGUUUGCAACCUAAUGCGGUGACAUUUACUACCUUAAUAAUUGGGCUUUGCAAGGAUGGGAAGACGGAGGAAGCUAAUAGGUUGUUUAAAUUGAUGAGUCAAAGAGGUUUGCAGCCAAAUGUGAUGGCUUUUAAUGCAAUAAUAAAUGGGCUUUGCAAGAAGGGGAAGAUUGAGGAAGCUCGCAGGUAUCUUAAAUCAAUGAUUAAAAGAGGUUUGCAUCCUGAUCUGGUGACAUUUAAUACAUUGAUAGGUGGGCUUUGCAAGGAGGGAAAGAUGGAGGAAGCUAAUGGGUUGUUAGAAUUAAUGGGUAAAAAAGGUUUGCAACCUAAUGUGGUGACCUUUACAACAUUAAUAAGUGGGUUUUGCAAGGUGGGGAAGAUGGAGAAAGCUAAUGGAUUGUUGGAAAUGAUGACUCAAAAAGGUUUGCAGCCUAAUGUAGUGACUUUUAAUACGAUGAUAAGUAAGCUUUGUGAGGAGGGAAAGAUGUUGGAAGCUAAUCAGUAUUUGCAAUUAAUGACUCAAAGAGGUUUGCAACCUGAUGUGGUGAUGUUUAGUACAUUGAUAAGUGGAUUUUGCAAGGUGGGGAAGAUGGAGGAAGCUAAUGGGUUGUUAGAAAUGAUGAGUCAAAGAGGUUUGCAACCAAAUGUAGUGACCUUUACAACAUUAAUAAGUGGGCUUUGCAAAGUGGGGAAGAUGAAGGAGGCUAAUAGGUUGCUAGAUAUGAUGAGUCAAAGAGGAUUGGAACCCAAUGUUGUGACGUAUACAACAUUGAUUAAUGGGUUUUGCAAGGUGGGGAAGAUAGAGGAAGCUAAUGGGUUAUUGGACUUAAUGAGUCAAAAAGGUUUGCAGCCUAAUGUGGUGACAUUCAAUACAUUAAUUAGUGGACUUUGCAAGGUGAGGAAAAUGGAGGAAGCUAAUGGGCUGCUGGAAUUGAUGAGUCAAAGAGGCUUGCAACCUGAUGUGGUGACGUUUAAUUCAUUGAUAAGUGGGCUUUGCAAAGUGGGGAAGAUAGAGGAAGCUAAUGGGUUGUUGGAAUUGAUGAUGCAAAGAGGUUUGCAGCAUAAUGCAACGACGUUUAAUACAUUGAUAAGCGGUCUCUGUAAGGUGGGGAAGAUGGAGGAUGCUAAUAGGUGUUUGGAAUUAAUGACUCAAAGAGGUUUGCAGCCUGAUGCGGUGACAUUUACUACUUUGAUAAGUGGAUUUUGCAAGGUGGGAAAGAUGGAAGAAGCUAAUGGGUUGUUGGAAUUGAUGAAGCAAAGAGGUUUGCAGCCUAAUGUGGUGACGUAUAAUACAUUGAUAAGUGGAUUUUGCAAGGUGGGGAAGAUGGACAAAGUCGAUGGUUUGUUAAAAUUUAUGAGCGAGAUAGGUUUGCAGCUUGACGUGGUGACUUUUAAUACAAUAAUAAACAGGUUUUGUAAUGAAUGGAAGAUGGAGGAUGCUAAUAGGUAUCUAGAACUAAUGACUCAAAGAGGUUUGCAACCGAAUGUGGUGACAUAUACCACUCUGAUAGGUGGGCUCUGCAAGGUGGGGAAGGUAGAUGAAGCUAUGGGGUAUUUGAAACUAAUGAUUCAGAAAGGUUUGCAACCUAAUCUAGUGACAUUCAAUACAUUGAUAAGUGGGUUUUGCAAGGCGGGGAAGAUGGAGGAAGCUAAUGAGUUGUUAGAAUUGAUGAGUCGAAGAGGUUUGCAACCAAACACACAAACUUAUACCACUUUGAUGGAAGGUUUUUGCUUGAUCGGCAGAUAUGAUGAAGCAAGUGAGCUACUAACUUCUAUGGAGAAGAAUGGGUGUAAGAUUGACAUUAAAUACAGUACUUUGAUCAAUGCCAACCGCAAGAACCAGGAAAUUGGGAGAAUGCAAUGAGUCUAUACAAGGAAAUGACUUCUUUUCCUGUCAAAAAGCCAACAAGGAGUCGGCAUGACAAUUUUUUUUUUUUCUUAUUUCAAUUUUGGUUACUUACCUUAUUGCUCUAAUCAUUCUUAUUGGUUCUUUUUGGCGGCAAGUUCUGUAUAUUCUGAGAGUAUACUGCCAUGAGGCAAAGAUGACACUUGAUAGUUUUUGCAGAUAUGUGCUACUUGGGGUAUAAGCCAAGGAAAGAUUUUAUGAAUUAUUUAUGAUUAACAUGAUGAAGAUUCAGUAAAAGUUUGAUUUGUGUGAAA